AUUUUUAAUCUUAUUUGAGGUUUUUUAAAUGUUUUUAAAAAAUUAAAUUAUUCGAAUGUUUAAAUGUCUAAAUUUGAAGUAGAGCGGACCGGAAGGGCGAUCACAGAGGCGUAUGAAACCUUUUCCGACCAUAACCUCUUCAGUUAUCACGCUGUUAUCACGUCGAUCGGCUCUCGGUAGUCGGCACUGUUCUGCUGAAGGACGACUGAUGACGAUGGGCGUCUAGUGGAAAAUAACUCCAGCCCUCUUUCCGCACCGUCCGGGCCGAGCGCGGAGACGAGGAUGCCCUGAAAGCCUGAGCGUCCUCAUCCGACCACCGGGGAAAUGAAUUUUCUCAGAAGAGCGGUCGGCAUGUACAACGCCUGUCUCAAGACACACCGGCUCAAAGUGCAAGCCGUCCAGAUAUCCGCUCUCAUGGGCAUGGGCGAUGUCUUCGCCCAGAAGCUCGUCGAAAAACAAAAAUACGAUCCCGUCAGAACGUUGAAAUUCAUGUCCCUCGGCCUUGUUUUAGGGCCAGUCACCGACAAGUGGUUUAUGGUGAUAGACAAUUUCUUUGGGAGAGAGAUGACUUUAAAGAAAGGCGUUAAAAAGGCGUUGUUAGACCAAGCGAUCGGGAAUCCGGUUUAUCUCACUGUCAUCCUCGGCGGGCUGUCUUUUAUCGAAGGCAAAGAUUACACAGAAACACAAAGAGUGUUCAAAGAGAACUUCCUCGACAUACUUCUCGCUAGUUACAUGGUAUGGCCUGCUGUUCAGAUCUUCAACUUCACCCUUGUCCCGAGUCAGUACAGAGUUUUGACCAUCCAGACUGUUGAAAUUCUUUGGAACACCUAUUUGUCAUGGAAGACCCACCAAGACGAACUGAACACAUCUAAAAAUUUUUAGCUUUGCCCAGACAGCUUCACGAGUUGAAAUUAGUCGGCCUUCUUGCAGACUUUACUCCAUCGGCUCAAUCUCAAGCUUCAAUUAUUCUCUUUUUUCAAAAUAAAUCAAUCAAAUGUGACUUUAUUCCUAUUGAUAAUACAAUUGUGAUAUAGAUUAUUUAAUUAAGCUUGUAAAUAUUUUCAAUAAAGCUAAUUUUUAUA